UUUUUUUUUUACUUUUUUCUUUUUUUUCUAAUUAUCUUCAUGUUAUCUCUAUUACAAGUUAUCUUGAAGAUAUGUAUUUUCCCUGUACUCGUUUUGGGGUUGUUAUUGUCUUCACUUUAUGUUUUUUAUUACCGGUUUUGUGGUAAACAUCCUCAACCUUUACAUACAAUUCUGGUCACUCAUUAUUCUCUCGACUCCUCCUCUUCCUGUGAAUAUAUAUAUAUACACUAUUCUAGAACCCUUGAUGGACGACUCUGCGAAAGUAUAUAAAGGAGUUAUGAUGACUUGUGGCACAAUCUUACUGUGGAGUAUCAGUGUUCUAUGCUAUAUACAAGUUCUCCGCACGUCUCCUGGUAGACCAGAAAAGUUUCUUGCGAAGAAAAAGAUCAAUGAUCAUUCUCAAGGUAUAUCAAUAUCUCAGCAGGAUGGAAAUCAUCGUUAUUGCCAAAUAUGCAAGUGCAUUAAACCAGAUCGAAGUCAUCAUUGCAAGGUUUGCAACAGUUGUGUUUUGAAAAUGGAUCAUCACUGUUCAUGGAUCAAUGGAUGUGUUGGAUACAGAAACUAUAAGACUUUUGUCUUGUUUGUGUUUUAUACUAUGAUCUGCGUGUUAUGGCUCUUCUACAAUUGUAUUUCACUUGUCGUGACUUCCUUGAACUUUGGACUGAAUCGCGCUACAUUGAUGUAUAUUUGGACAUUGUACAAGACUUAUUUUAUCACAGCAUGGACGGUGAUCUGGCAGCUUUGGAAAAAUAUAUGGAAUGGUACCUGGAUACCACUUUUGACAGGUGCGCCGUCAUUGAAUAUGACCAUCAAAAUUCAAAUCAUCAUCAUGCUCUACUUGACCUUUAUAUUUGGUGCUUUUCUUCUUGGUCUAACUGUGGUUCACAUAUACCUUAUCCUUCGAAACAGAACAACAAUAGAACAAGUAGCAACUUGGGAACAAUAUAUACGACUACAUUCUUCUGAUAACGACAAUAAUACUGAAGUAGCCAUCUUUCGUAUUUUCCCUCCAGAAAAACGUCUGUACGACUUGGGAUUAUGGAAAAACUGGAAAAUGGUGAUGGGCAAUCAUUGGUAUCAAUGGUUACUUCCUGUAGGUACUUAUAAGGAUGAAGAUGGUUAUGUGUUCCCAUAUGGUUCUCAUGCAUUUGAAAAAAUGCUGGAAGAGACUUCUACGCGCCUUCAAGGUAUCAAGUGAAUAUAUAAUGAUGGUGCAACAUAAUUAUCAUUUGACUUUGGUUUAUCUUCUAUGAAUCAUUUUUAUUAUUAUUAUUAUU